AUGGGAACCCCCUUCAUCACCUUUCUUGCACCCAGCAACCUUGAAGGCUACAAGCGUGGUGCUCCUCUACAAGAACAACCGCCAAACAUCUCGCAAACCUUUCUGGAUGCGAUGGAGGUUCGCGAAGCUGUCUUUGUUGAGGAGCAAAAGGUCCCCGCCGAGAACGAAUUCGACGACGACGAUUCACGUUCAUGUCACUGGGUCAUCUACGCGAGUAUUAACACGGUGGAAACAUUGGAAGUUCGCGAUGAAGAGGGUAAAGUCAUGCAACCCAGGAAGAGCUCAACACGCUCAACCCCGAUUGGAACUAUAAGACUUGUGCCAUUCCCCCAUGACCCUCAUCCUGAGAAUGGUGGGAAGUACUGGAAUGGUGUUCUGCAAGACGAGAAUGGUAACCAGGGCGGCAACCAUAACGGCCACAAAAAUGGAGAUGCGCCGGAAACCUCAACAGAGAAGCCAUACAUCAUGGACCGAAAGACAACUUUUCACAACGGGCAGGAGCCGUACAUGAAACUGGGUCGUCUGGCAGUUAUUGAGGAGUUUCGAGGACGUCGCAUCGCUGGCCUACUUGUGACUACAGUUCUUAGCUGGCUGAGAGAGAAUCCCUCAUACUCUGAUCCUAAUAUCAAAGAGUUCGGCCUUGAACAACUCGACCCGGUCAUUGGAACUGACAUGAAGAUACCCCAAUGGGCAGGGUUGGUAUGCGUUCACGCGCAGAAGCAGGUCGUGGACGUCUGGAAGAAAUGGGGCUUCGAAGUGGAUGAGGAUAUGGGCACUUGGUGGGAAGAGGGCAUACCCCAUGUUGGUAUGUUUCAGCGACUGGAAAUCGGAGACAAGACGGUUCGACUAGAUUAG